AUGACCAUCGUCUUGCCAGCCCUUCAGGGCCCUAAAACCCCAGCCUUCGAGUCUGUCAAGCCAUACUCUACCCCAAACCGUCGUCCAAUCGAGCCUGUAGGUAGAUACUUCUUGGCUCACGCUACUCGUACUUUAAGAGGCCACACUUGGUCUGAAUAUGAGAAAUUGGAGGCCGAGAAGAACGUCAAGCAAGUCGACGAAAACAGUGAUGAUGACUUGGGUGAUGAGGAGCAGUCGGCUGAGUUGUUGGCCCACGACCCAAGAGAGUGGAAGACCGCUGACUUGUAUGCUGUUUUGGGUAUCUCUCACUUGAGAUGGAAAGCUACCGAGGACCAGAUCAGAAGAGCACACAGAAAGCAGGUCUUGAAGCACCAUCCAGACAAGAAGUCUGCCGCAGGUGGCUUGGACCAGGAUGGUUUUUUUAAGAUUAUCCAGAAGGCAUUCGAGGUUAUGUUGGACCCAACCAAGAGAUUACAGUACGACUCUGUGGAUGAGGCUGCUGUUGUGCGUCCUCCAGCACCAAAGACCAAGUACGACUUUUUCGAGGCUUGGGGUCCAGUGUUUGAAUCCGAGGCUCACUUCUCUAAAAAGCAGCCAGUCCCACUUUUGGGCACGAUUGACUCCACUAAGGAGGAGGUUGAUGCUUUCUACAAGUUCUGGGGCUCCUUUGACUCCUGGAAGACUUUUGAGUUUAAGGAUGAGGAUGUUCCUGAUGACACUGCCAACAGAGACCACAAGCGUUACAUUGAGCGUAAGAACAUCUCCAACAGAAAGAAGUUGAAGCAAGAGGACAACAAGAGAAUCAUUGAAAUGAUUCAGCGCGCCCAGUCCGAGGACCCAAGAAUCAAGAUGUUCAAAGAGGCUGCCAAGAAGGAGAAAGAGAGAAAGAAGUGGGAGAGAGAAGCUGGCUCUAGACAGGCUGCUGAGGAAGCUGCUAGAAAGAAGGCCGAGGAGGAGGCUGCCAGAAAGAAGGCUGAAGAAGAGGCUGCUGCUCAAAAGGCCAACUCCAAGAAGGCGAAGGAGGCUGCUAAAGCUGCUAAAAAGAAGAACAAGAGAGCCAUCAGAUCUGCUGGUAAGGACAAGGGCUACUUUGGUGACAAAGGUUCUGCUGAAGCCAUUGAUGCUGAUCUUGAGUUGUUGGUCGACAAGUUGGACGACACCAAGUUGUCCGACCUUGUUGGUAAGCUUGGUGGCGACGCUUCUGCUGCUAAAGCUGCUAUUGAAGAGACUGUUAAAGAGUUGUCCGCUGGUGGUGCUAUUAAUGCUGGUCACUUGAAGUACUUCUCGUGA